AUGCAAGUCACGAAUCAGACCUUUGUCACAGAGUUUUUUCUUCUUGGAUUCCAGAAUCUUGAAAACUUCAAGAUACCAUUCUACUUGAUGCUCCUCUUUUCUUACAUUGUGGCUACAUCUGGAAAUCUGCUGAUUAUUUAUCUUGUGGCAUCAAACAGCAAUCUACGGUGUCCAAUGUACUUCUUCCUGACACAACUGUCCAUUUCCGACAUACUUAUGACCACCAACAUUGUCCCUAACACGCUUUAUAUUGUAUGGGGUAAAGGUGGAACUAUGUCAUUUUCAGGUUGCCUAACACAGUUUUAUUGCUUAGCUUGUUCAUUAGCCUCUGAGUGUUUGCUUCUUUCCAUAAUGGCUUAUGACAGGUUUUUGGCCAUCUGUAAACCCUUGAGAUAUGGCACUCUGAUGACCACUGGAACUUGUAUUAAUCUGGCUUCAAUCAUGUGGCUGAUAAGUUUUUCCACAGAAUUGAUAGUAACAAUAUCAAUAAUUCAGCUACAAUAUUGUGGCCCAAAUGUUAUUGACCAUUUCUUCUGUGACUCUGCCCCACUAUUAGAACUUUCCUGUUCAGACACUUAUUUUACUGAAUUGGAAAUUUUUACAUUGGGCUCACUUCUUACUUUUUCACCCCUUAUUUGUAUUUUAAUUUCAUAUUUAUACAUUGUUCUGGCGGUCCUUAGACUCUCUGCAACAAGACGAAGGAAAGCCUUCUCCACCUGUAGCUCCCACCUGACUGUGGUUUCUAUGUUCUAUGGGACUCUGAUUGGAAAUUACUUGCUCCCAAUUAAAGGGCAAUCAUUGACUCUCAGCAAAUUUGUAUCCUUGUUGUACACAGUGAUGACUCCUAUGAUUAACCCUAUCAUAUACAGUCUCAGAAAUAAAGAUAUCAAGGAAGCCAUAAGUAAGCAUUUUAACAAAGUGCAUGAAUAG